AAAAGUAUUAGUUUGUGUAUUUGUUCCACUGGGUGGGAGGAUGUGAAUUGUCUCUCGCAACGCAUGACUUUUCUAAACUGAGUACCCCUUUCUUAAGUCUGAAUAAUUGAAGACGGUUUUUUUUCUCUUUCCUUGAAGUCAGGUGGCCGGAAGGUGCCGAGAGAGAGAGAGAGAGAGAGAUUACUGAUUUGUCUUGCCUUUCCUUUAGCGAUAUUCACUCCUCUCAAACCAAGCUUACACGUCCACACUGGCGCACUAGGCGGACCUCUCACGCCCUUCUCAGUUUGCCUCCUGAGAUGCUCCUACCUGGCAAAGAGAGAGAUAACCCCACAUGCAGCGGCUCCCCAUGACGGUACUACCACGAAUAUGGUGCAAAAAUCCGGCAACGGCGAGGUCUACCCCGGCCCUGCCGCUGAGAAGAAGCUCAAAGUGGGCUUUGUUGGGCUUGAAGCAGGAGCGACAGACUCAAACCGAGACGGGGCUCUGCUCAUAACCGGCUCCGAGGCGACCAAACGAGGCAGCAUCUUGAGCAAACAGCGCUCCAGCAUCUCUGCUAAGAGACCACCGAAGAGAAAUGCCUUCUAUCGACGGCUGCAGAAUUUCCUUUACAAUGUACUGGAGAGACCAAGGGGAUGGGCGUUUAUUUACCAUGCAUAUGUUUUCCUGCUGGUGUUAUCCUGUCUGGUGCUCUCCGUGUUCUCCACCAUAAAAGAGUAUGAGAAGAGUUCUGAAGACGCUUUGUACAUACUGGAAAUUGUGACCAUCGUGGUUUUUGGUGUGGAGUACAUCGUCAGAAUCUGGUCAGCAGGAUGUUGUUGCAGGUACAGGGGAUGGAGAGGCCGGCUGAAAUUUGCCCGCAAGCCGUUCUGCGUCAUCGACGUUAUGGUGCUGAUCGCCUCCAUCUCGGUGCUGGCCGCCGGCACGCAGGGGAACGUGUUUGCCACCUCGGCCAUCCGGAGUCUCCGGUUCUUGCAGAUCCUGCGAAUGAUCCGGAUGGACCGUCGCGGGGGCACCUGGAAACUCCUUGGCUCGGUCGUCUAUGCCCACAGCAAGGAACUAAUCACGGCCUGGUACAUUGGCUUCCUGUGCCUGAUCCUGGCCUCCUUCCUGGUCUAUCUGGCAGAGAAAGAGGACAACGAAAUGUUCGAGACCUAUGCUGAUGCCCUCUGGUGGGGCCUGAUCACCCUGACCACCAUUGGUUAUGGGGAUAAGUAUCCGACAACAUGGAAUGGACGUCUUUUGGCUGCAACGUUUACACUCAUCGGUGUGUCAUUCUUUGCACUUCCAGCAGGAAUCUUGGGCUCUGGUUUUGCCUUGAAAGUCCAGGAGCAACAUCGACAAAAACACUUUGAAAAACGGCGCAAUCCUGCAGCCGGGCUUAUCCAGGCUGCCUGGCGGUUUUACGCCACCAAUCUCAGCCGCACAGACAUGCAGUCAACCUGGGACUAUUAUGAAGGAAAUAUAUCUGUCCCAAUGUACAGGCUCAUUCCUCCACUAAAUCAGUUGGAUUUGCUUCGCAACCUGAAAAGCAAAUCUGGACUCUCCUUCAGAAAGGAGCAACAAGCAGAAACGUCUCCCAGCCAUAAGGUGAGCCUGAAGGAGAGGGUGUUCUCCAGCCCCCGGAGUUCUGGAACCAAAGGGAAGGGAUCUCCGCAGGGCCAGCAGUCCCUCCGCCGCUCCCCGAGCGCGGAUCAGAACAGCAUCGAGGACAGCCCUUCUAAAGUGCCAAAGAGCUGGAGCUUCGGUGAACGCAGUCGAGCCAGGCAGGCCUUCCGUAUCAGAGGGGCUGCCUCCCGACAGAACUCAGAAGAAGCAAGCCUUCCGGGGGAAGAUAUUGUGGAUGACAAUAAAAGUUGCCAUUGUGAGUUUGUGUCUCAGGAUUUAACGCCCGGACUCAAAAUCACCAUCAGGGCUGUGUGCAUAAUGAGGUUUAUGGUCUCAAAGCGAAAGUUCAAGGAGAGUCUGAGGCCGUACGACGUGAUGGACGUCAUAGAGCAGUACUCGGCCGGCCACCUGGACAUGCUGGCCAGGAUUAAAAACCUGCAGUCCAGAGUUGACCAGAUUGUUGGUAGAGGUCCUCCAGCGGCAGACAAGGAUCGUCCAAAAGGGACCACUGAGGUGGAGAGUGCAGAAGAUCCCAGUAUGAUGGGAAGACUGCUGAAAGUGGAGAAGCAGAUCAUGUCGAUGGAAAGAAAGCUCGACUUCCUGGUGAAUAUCUACAUCCAGAGAAUGAACAUACCGCAGUCAGAGACUGAUGCUUACUUUGGCUCCAAAGAGCCUGAUCCUGCCCCUCCCUACCACAGUCCAGUAGACCACCUGGAGAAGAAUGCCUCCAUCUCCAAAAUCAUCCGCUCCAGCAGCUCGGCAGGGCAAAAGAAUUUUGACCCCCCUCCCACCACCAGUCUCAACCAGUCCCAGUGCCCCCCCUCCACGUCCUGGCACCUGCACCCCCACCCGGACGGCCCCCAGCGCAGCCAGGGCGCCUCGCCUGUGGGAGACCCCUCCCUGGUGCGCAUUCCACCUCCCCCGGCCAACGAGCGCUUAUCCGGCGGCCACAACGGUCACAAAGGAGGCCACCACUCUCGGGGGGCCAGACGGAGGGAUGAGGCCAAAGCCAGGGAGGCCCAGGGCUUGGCGCAGGCAGAGGGGGAGAGUGACACCUCCAUCUCGAUCCCCUCCGUGGACCACGAGGAGCUGGAGCGCUCCUUCAGUGGCUUCAGCAUCUCCCAGUCCAAGGAGAACCUGGAAUUCCUCAACAACGACUACUUCAGCAACGUAGCCCACUGCUCCAAGGGGCGGUCCUACAUCGCAGAGGGGGAGUCAGACACCGACUCGGACCUCUGUGCCCCCUCGCCACACUCCGCCACCGGGGAAGGAGCGUACGGGGACACAGGCUGGACCGCUCCCAAGUAAGCCAGCAGGAUGAGAUGCCUUUGAUGGGAGAAGAUC